CAGUUUUUAGGCGCUGUGUUUGGAUGUUCGAGCGUCCGCGAACGCAGCAGCGUGGGAGGGUCUUGAGAGCCCCUGCUCGGCCGCCUCACUCUGAUCACGGCCGCUUCCACGGAGGAGGACGUACGGAGCUCCUCGUUCACGCAAAGCACAGUCUUCUGAGAUGGCGGCCAUCAGGAAGAAGCUGGUGAUUGUUGGGGAUGGAGCGUGCGGGAAGACCUGUCUGCUCAUCGUCUUCAGUAAAGACCAGUUCCCCGAGGUCUACGUCCCCACCGUGUUUGAGAACUACAUCGCAGACAUUGAAGUGGAUGGGAAACAGGUGGAAUUAGCACUGUGGGAUACAGCUGGUCAGGAAGACUACGACAGACUGAGGCCCCUCUCCUACCCAGACACAGACGUCAUCCUCAUGUGCUUCUCGAUAGACAGCCCCGACAGUUUGGAGAACAUUCCAGAAAAAUGGACGCCUGAGGUGAAACACUUUUGCCCCAACGUCCCGAUCAUCCUGGUGGGCAACAAGAAGGACCUUAGAAACGACGAGCACACGCGCAGGGAGCUGGCCAAGAUGAAACAGGAGCCAGUGAAGUCUGAGGAGGGCAGAGACAUGGCCAACCGCAUCGGCGCGUUCGGCUACCUGGAGUGUUCCGCCAAGACCAAGGACGGCGUGCGGGACGUGUUCGAGAUGGCCACCAGGGCGGCGCUGCAGGUCCGCAAGCGCAAGAAGCGGGGCGGCUGCCAGCUGCUGUGAGGCGGCCGGUCGGCACCUGCAGGAAGACCCCUCCAACACAUUACAGUAGAGAGACCUUAAAUCAAUGGCUUCCUGGGACUACACUUAAUUCACAGAUGCAGAUAAGCCACGGGCGAAUAUGGAAAGACUGACUCACCUGUUUAGAAGCAAAACAAAGCCACCACUAGUUUCUCAGCUGCACACCCACGGUCAGCUUUUGGUAUUACUUGUAUAAUUGUAUGUUUGUAUUUAUACGUGCAUUAUACUUUACAGAUACAUCAGGCUCGUGCCUCUGUUAUGAUUGUUUACAGUGCAGGUCGGUAGCUCGGUUCUCCCUCAGCUCACAGGCAGGUUUUAGAUUUGCAUUAAUAGUGUUGCACCCCUGCUUCUCCUAAAACUCAGUCUUUUUUUCUGCACGCACUCCCGGCAUAAUGCAUCUAUUUGUCGCCCCACUAUUGGUUUUACAUCCUAAGUCAGCAGAGCUCAGUUUUCCUUAGAUUCAGACAAGAACUAAAUUUACAGGGAGCCUGCGUCGGCAUAAACAGAAGCUGCUGCAACUAUUUGUGUGGAGAGGCACUGGACCGCACCUUGGUCUGUCUCCUCCAUGGCGAUAGUUUAGACUGGCACUGGAGACAAUGGUCUAUUGUCAAGGACACAAAUACACUCGGUCGCACUCGCUCUCUGACAGACGUCACCUACUCCUUUCUCCUGCCGGCCCUGCCUCCUGUCUGAACCCUGUGCUGUACCCGCUAUGCAGUGGAUUGCGUCUACAGGGUUUGGCCUCAGCACACAGAUACAGCCAUAUUACUGUUAAGCAGAUUUCAGACCAGUCCAAUUAGCUCUUCGCCCUGUUUGCCACUGCAGCAACAUUCCUUGGAGUGUGUGCACAGCCAUCGUCUAUUCUCUGGGGCCAAGAGUUUAAAAGCAAGGUGUGUGUGUGUGUGUGUGUGUGUGUCUGCAAACGUCCAUGCUGCCAUUGGCCUCAAGGGUAUUUAUGACCUAAAACUGAAAUCACAGCAUUGCGCUGACAGGCUGAGCGUAAACCAACGCGACAGACCCUGCGUUGAUAUUACCGCCACAAUAAGCUAUGAGGGUAGUCCUUUAAGAUCUGAAUGUUGCAGUCUUGGGCUAAUUCCUGGACAGUGCCUAUUUGUCUAUUAACACCACAGUUCAAGAGCAAGUGUUGUGUGAUGAUGCUUUACAAACAGCAGUGGGAUGUGUUGAAUGUCUGGACGAGACAAAGAUGUUAAUAAAGUGUUUUUGAAAUACUA